ACGAUCUUCUGUUCAAAAUCCUCUCAUGCUUUUAGGCAUCCAAACAGUGAGCAGAUUGAGAGCCGUAAACCCUAGAGUUUUCAUAUGAAGAUCCCUCUACGAACAAUUAUUUCACCGAGACUUUGUCUUGUUUAGGGUUUUGUUGGUAGCUUCGUCGUUGAAAUUUCUACUUCAAUCUACGAUUUUGUGCUUCGCAGUGAGGCAGAGAGUUUUGUCUCGACGGUCUCUUGUAAAGGCGACGGUUGACUGGUUGGAAAUCGCACGGACUCUAUGGGUAAGCCUGUCAAAGGCAUGGAAUCUGUAGUUGCGACUGUCAGUGGCUACCAAGGUUCAGAGCGUUUCAACCUCAUCAAAUUGAUCUCUCUUGCCGGUGCCAAUUACGUCGGUGCAAUGUCCAAAUCCAUUACACAUUUGGUGUGCUGGAAAUUUGAAGGGAAAAAAUACAGUCUCGCUAAGAAGUUUAACACAAUAAUAGUGAAUCACAAGUGGGUGGAGGAUUGCGUCAAGGAAGGGAGGCAUGUUGAAGAGAGUCCCUAUAUGAUGCAAAGUGGAAAGGAAGUGAGACUCUUAUUGGUGGAGGACCAACUUGGUGCUAAGCUAGCCCUCUGCACUAAGAAUGCAAGACUAUUUUCUGACAAAUCCAACAUUAUCAAUGCCUCCGAAAAUCUGAACGUUGAUGUACAUUUUGGAGGACAUGCUAAUGCUGUAUGGACUGAUUCCUUUUUGUUGAAGGAGAAUGUGUCGCAUGAAUUUGGUAAAAGCUUUGGCAGUACUCAUAAAACGAAGAGCAAAUCAAUUAAAAGUACUUUAAAACUCAUCGACAGGUCAAGUUCAUCUGGAUUACUUAAAGCACUGCAUGGAGAGUCAGGUUCUUGUUCUUCAAUGCAUUCUCUGAGAGAGAAAAGGAAAAUUUCAGAAUGUGAAGAGUUGGGAUCUCAUUCUAAUACACAUUUAUUGAAGGAAAAGGCUAUAAUUUCUGAUAGUUCUGGAAGCACAGCUGCGGUUGAGCCUGCUUAUAGAGGUCGGAGGCUUGUCAAGAAGAAUUUUGGCAGAGACAAAUUGGAGUCUCUUUUUUCAGAUUCUGACCAAGAAUGCUACCCUGUUGGAUGUUCUAUUCAAAGUACUAACCCUAAUGCUUCGUGUAAUGAACUAGAAGAUGAAAGCAAAUUUAAUGCGUUCGAAAUAGGGGGAGCAUCUUAUAGUGGACUUAAUGUGUUAGAAAGUACUGUAAACAAUAGUGCAGAUGAAGUGGAAGAGAUUGGGGAUUGGAGUCAUCAACCAGCCUCGAAGGAUCCCAAACGAUGUACUGUGGAUUCAAUAAGCGCUUCGGAAAGAACUUCAGAAGAUUACUCUGAUUUUGGGAACUUGGUUGGAGACAUCAAAGAUAAGAAACAUGCUGCAGGCUCGCAUACUUCAACAGAGUUAUCAUGUGUCAUAUGUUGGACAGAAUUUAGUUCAAUUCGAGGGAUUUUACCAUGUGGACAUCGAUUUUGUUAUUCAUGCAUCCAGAACUGGGCAGAUCACAUGUCUUCAAGGAGAGAGAUCUCAACUUGCCCUUUGUGCAAGGCUAUGUUUUUUAGCAUCACAAAAGUGGAGGACGCGGUCACGUCUGACCAGAAGAUCUACUCUCAAACAAUUCCAUGCGCCUCCGCCUCAUCAACAAUGGAUAUUUUCAUUCUUAAUGAUCAAGAAAUAUCCCGUUUUGGUACUAAGUCUUCAAUAGCUUCAGUUUGUAGUGUAUGCCACAAUAAGGAGCCAGAAGAUCUUCUCAUUAGCUGUCACUUGUGCAAGAUUCGACGCGUACAUAUAUACUGCCUGGAUCCUUUCCAGUCACCUUGGACAUGCAUUCACUGUAAGGAUCUACAAGUGCUCUAUUGUCAUGGCACUUAACAUCGUAGCUUGGUUGUGCAUUGACCACCACAACAUUGGUAAUGGUAUUACUUGAUGUUUUAUUUUUGAAGUUUCAUUUUACUGAUCUCGUGUAGUACCAAUUGUGAAUGAUAUUAUUGAGAACCUGAGCAUCUUAGCCUUCAUUGGCCAUCAACAUUAAUAAAAAUCUACGGAUUUACUGUUACAAAGUACAAAGACCCAUUUAUAU